AUGUCGCUUCAAAUCAGUCUCGCUGCAAAAGGACUUCUGCAGAAAGUCGCGGCGCCUGCAGCCACUUCAGCUGCUUAUUAUCAUGAAAAGGUCAUCGAUCACUACGAAAACCCCCGAAACGUCGGCUCGCUGAACAAAAACGACAAGAACGUCGGCACGGGAAUCGUCGGCGCGCCAGCUUGCGGCGACGUCAUGAAACUUCAGAUUCGCGUUGACGAUAACGGAAAAAUCGUCGAAGCCAAAUUCAAGACGUUCGGAUGUGGCAGCGCCAUCGCCAGCUCCUCUCUGGCCACUGAAUGGAUCAAUGGAAAGACCAUUGAGUACGCGUCGAAGAUCAAGAACGAUGAGAUUGCCAAGGAGUUGUGCUUGCCGCCAGUCAAACUUCAUUGUUCAAUGCUCGCCCAGGACGCGAUCCAGGCCGCUCUCAAGGACUAUCAGAAGAAGCAGAAGAAGGAGGCCUAA